AUGGCCUUUAAAUUGUUGCUACUUGCACUGGCGCUAGUUGCCAGCGCCCAAGCUGAGUACGAGCCUAGCCGACGCACUACAGCAGCCAAUGCCGUGGAGGUGAAUACGCUGCAGCAGCGCAAUUCUGGGGAGGAUUUCCGCAAUGAUUAUCAAACGCCGCGCAACAAUGAACAGAACUCCAAUGCCACUCCCGAUGGCUACGACUACACCGAAGCCGAUGCCAACCUGUUGCGUGCCAUUAGUAAUGCUGCCACAGCCAAUGAGGCACCACUUGCGCCUGUGCCCUUGCCAGACUUGCAGGAGCCGCGCCAGCCCGAAGUCUAUGCGCCAGCCAAGUACAGCUACAACUAUGAGGUCAAUGAUGAGACCACCGGCGACAUCAAGAGUCACAGCGAGACGCGCGAUGGUGAUGUGGUGCGCGGCUCCUACAGCCUCAUUGAUCCCGAUGGCUACAAGAGAAUUGUUACCUAUACAGCUGAUCGUGAGCAUGGCUUCAAUGCCGUCGUUAAUCGCGUGCCUUAUGCUCUUAAGAAGCUUGUCUCUGUGGAUGAGCGUGCAUCAGUUGCUCGACUCUCCUCAGAGAUUAGCGCAGCAGCCGCUGUCAAGGAUGUGGACAACUCUUUGAGCAACAGCAACGCUGAGGAUAGUUAUGUGAAGGCAGCACGUGGAGAUGCCACAACUGAUGGCAUAUAUGCUUAA